AUGGUGAAAAGAAUAACUACGAGAGAGCCUUUAAAUCUCAGCGACAAGCCAACAGUGCACCAAAACCCAAUCAGUCGCUAUAAUCAUAUAGUAUUCCACUAUAACGACAGAAUCAACAAUAAAAAUUCAAUUCUUUUGGAUUAUGCUUACACAGAUAAGAUGUACCGAUUCUGAUAUUAUAUGUCGACUCGCUUAUUCUUUUUGCUGCUUAUUUUGUACUUGGCUCCUUAUUUGACUUUUAUUACCCUUUGCAUUUCUCUUUACACAGUAAUAAUUCAUGAAAAUGCAAUGCAAGUGUAUAGAUCCAACUUAAAAAAGGUCCCAAAUAUGUUCGAAAACAUGAUUUUUGACGAAGCUCUCUGCAAAUCAGGGUCAGGCCACUAUCUUUAUUUUUCUGUGAAACCUCAGGAUUUGGAAUCUUUUCAGUUUCCUCCAACAACGAAAGAUGUAUUAAGAAAUAGAGAAGAUGAAGGGAAAGUCAACUUUAUGGUUUAUGAUCGAGUGUUUUUAGAAUGGUCUGAAGGAUUGAGAAAGCCAAGGUGGAUAUUAUGAUUACACGUGCUAGCAAAUUUGGCACUCUUUAUUAUUAUGCAGUACUUUGUUUAUACACCUUUGUUUUGCUUUGAUAUGCUUCACCCUAUUACAUCAAUCACAAAAUGUGGAUCAGAGACAGUGCAAUAUACUUUAUUUUAA